AUUUUGAUCCAACGGUCCAAAAUCUUCCAACUAAUCUAUAUAUAAAAAGUACCAUAUUUCAAGGAUUAAGACCCAAAUCCCCUAUUUUCUGCAACAACCAAAAAAAACUCAAAGCUUUCUCUCUCUAAAACCUCCCCAAAACCAUGGCUUCCAAUCCAAAACCCCACCAAGCUCUGAUCUUUCUUCUCCUUCAACUCUUUUUCUUCUUAGUCUCUACAACCACCGGUACCUCAUCUUCUUCUUCACCUCCGGCACCGACGGUCUUCGACAUCCUCCCCCAAUUCGGGCUUCCGAGUGGGCUCUUACCUGACUCAGUAAUCAACUACACGCUCUCCGAAGACGGUCGAUUCGUCGUCGUUUUGAACAACCCAUGCUACAUCGAGUUCGAUUACUUGGUCUAUUACGAUAAAACCAUCAAGGGUAAGCUAAGCUAUGGAUCGAUUACCGAGCUUGAAGGGAUUCAGGUCAGAAGAUUCUUCUUGUGGCUUAGUGUGGAUGAGAUCAGAGUCGAUUUACCUCCUUCGGAUAGUAUUUACUUCCAGGUUGGAUUUAUUAACAAGAAGCUUGAUUUGGAUCAGUUUAAGAUAGUUCGUUCUUGCUAUUUUGCUGCUACUGCCUCUGGUUGUGGUGGUGGUGGUGGUCUCCGUUCGUGGAAGCAAUUUCUUGAGAUUCCAGCCCCGAAGGAAGAGCUCGAGAUGCUUAUUACCGAGUAGGCAUUAAUAAGCCAUAUCCAUAUGCAAGUAAAGGGCUUUAAAAAUCCCUUGUUUGGUUAGGUAUAUUUCAUCCAAGAAAAAGAAAAGAAUGUAAUUGUGUAACAUGCUUAAUUUUCUAUACAUGUUACAUAAAGCUGUAUUUUAAAAGCUGUUAUUAGUUAUUAAUACUACUGUAUUUUACUAGUGAA